UUGCAUCCGUGUCAUCUCAUGCCAGUUCGUUCUCGCCCGAAGCAUGCACUCUCCUCGGCUCGCAAACUCAUCCCAUGGCCUCGCAGCCGUUGCCCAGAACGACCGUUUUCAUCCCUGAACUCUCCUCGGCCUCGACUUGUCCGAGUCCAUACCUAACCAUCCUCCUGGCACCCUUCCAGCGCAAGCUUUGUCUGGGAAUCGUGCCAACCCGAGCCAACUUGCGCUCUCGCAGGGGCCUUGCCCGCAGCGUCUGCACGCAGCCUCUGCACGCUUCAGGGAUGAAGUUGAGUCUUUGACACGGCUCAGCACUCCCAGGCCGUGCGCAGAGGUCCGUCUGAAACCCGGCAGCGCCGUCCUGGAGUAAUCAUGUGUGCAGACAGAGAUCCAAUAUCUCGGUAGCUCUUGCAGAGCUCGAGCUUGGAAACAAAACUCGGCCCAGCCCUCGCUGACAUGGCUAGCCUGGCCGCACCUCGCUUACACGGCAUCAAACGGGACCACCCUGAUCGGCGCAAUCGGGCUGAUGCCCGGACGGUGGAAGCAGCCGAUGAUAAAAGAGCCCAACUCUUCCACUCGCAACUUUUGUAACCUUGCGGAUCCACAUGCACUUCUUUAGCCCACAUAGAUCAUGUCGGGCUAUAGACUAACCCCCAGGCUGAGCCGGGGCAUACGACCAACCGACAUGAAGCCCCUCGUCGAAAAGCCGAUGACCUUUGACGACCCCAUGCAGCAUCUGCGGAAUGCCAGGACCGUCACAAUAUCGACCGAGUUGUUUGAGAAGAUGCGUGUGCCGGAGAAGGCUGCCGAGCCGAGGAAGCGGUUUGGGAAUCCCUCGCCGAUCGGCGUCGUCGGCAUCGUCAUCACCGUAACCCCUCUGUCCUUUACGCUGAUGGGCGUUGCGGGCGCCGGGGGAUCGCCAUCCGCUGGAAUUGGAACCUUUUACUUCUUCGGCGGCAUGCUCCAGAUUUUUACGGCCCUCAUGGAGUGGUUCCUGGGCAGCACGUUCCCGUCCGUCGUAUUUGCGACCUAUGGCUCCUUCUUCCUCGUGUUUGGGGCGAGCCUGACCCCCGGGCUUGCCGCAUUUGCGCCGUACGCCCCUGCGGGCGCCGACCCAGCUCUCGGGCUAGAGUCUAAGAAUUUUAAUGCAAACACGGCCUUCAUCUUCCUGUGGAUGACCAUCCUCACGCUCCUCUUCCUCGUCUGCUCGCUGCGGACAAACGCCGUUUUUGUCGUGGUAUUUGCAGCCCUGACGGCCACGCUGAGCGCGCUGACGGCGUCUUACUUUCUGCUCUUAGCCGCCGCGCCCAUCCGUGAGGGCGGCACCGUUAUCUUGACGGCCGCUGCCGCUGCUAGCAAGGCCCAGGCGGCCUCGUUCUCGGUCGGCGCCGGGGUCUGUGCCCUCAUCGCGUCCCUGGCCGCCUGGUAUCUCCUGGCCUCGAUCCUGUUCGAGACGCUCGACUUUUCAUUCAAGCUGCCGGUUGGCGACCUCAGCGCCUGGAUCAGGGCCGGUUCCCAUGACGCAGGCCACACGGUUUAGGCAUUGCUGUAACUGGAGCUGGGCUGUUGAUUUAGCUUUUCCAUGACGGCCUGACUGACUUUCGUGGCAUGGAGUGCCCGGCACAAGGCGGUCGACUGAUAGAGCGCUUAGUUACAAGAAAGAAAUCCGGAGUCGUCCGCCGGUCCAAGCCAGGUCUCUCGGUGGAGGUCCCAGAGAUAUUUUUGCUCCCCCGUUGACUGCGCAGAGAGCCCGGACACAGAGGCGGGUCCGCCUCGAUAGGGGCAUGCAUCUCCCU